AACGUCGUCGCUCCAGAGGCUUGAGCACCCUGGAAAAAUGGCUGAUCUUCCUCUUUGUUGUCAUGACCGGCGUAUGUGUUGCCGUGGUGACCCUCUACUUCAUCGACAAAGAGGACGACUCGGCAACUCAUCAAGAGGGUGAGUCCAACUAGGAUGGAUUUUCCAAGGAAUUUUUUUUUUUUGGUUCACUUGGAGACAUGCUACUCAAAAACCAAACAGAAAAACCCCACCUCAAAUCCACCAGGGAAAAGACUGCUGCUUAUACAAUAAAACACACUGUGUAAUCAAUGCUGUUACCAUGGCAACUUGAUGGAUUUCUAUCUGGCAUACAUACAUACAUAUAUACCAAUAGUGGUUAAGUGUCGAGAGUCGCUAUUUUUUGUCCUGUUUUAGCUAAUUUUAUUUACCGUAAUCUGGUUCUUCCCAUUGAUAAAAUAAAAUAAAAUAAAAUAAAAUAAAAUAAAAUAAAAUAAAAUAAAUUAAAUUAAAUAAAAUUAAAUUAAAUUAAAUCAAAUCAAAUCAAAUCAAAUCAAAUCAAAUCAAAUCAAAUCAAAUCAAAUCAAAUUAAAUUAAAUUAAAUUAAAUUAAAUUAAAUUAAAUUAAAUUAAAUUAAAUUAAAUUAAAUUAAAUUAAAUUAAAUACGGUAUUUGUAUUAUCUGGACAAUAAGUCGCUCCGGAGUAGAAGUCGCACAAGGCCAAAAAUGCAUCAUUAGGUCGAAAAAAAACACAAGUUACACUGGAGUAUAAGUCGCAUUUUUUGCGGGUAAUUUAUUUUGCAAACUACUUGACCAAAACAGACAUUACAUCCUCUUGGAAGGCAAGUUCUAACAAUAAUAAAAGAAUAGAGAACAGGCUGAAUAGGUGUAAGAUAUGCUAACACAAAGGUUAUUCAGAAAAUAAAAAUAAAAAUAAAAAUAAACAUGAACAGAAAAGGUGUCCAGUGUUUAUGUAACAUAAACAGUUUUUUCAUUUUUAAGCCAACCUAUGAAAAAAAGUGGUACUUAGAGUCCGGAAAAUACGAAUAAUUAGCUUCAGGGUCAUUCCCAACAUCCAUGCAAGUAAAAUAAUAAGUUAACCGCUCUUUGUGGUAAACUAGCAAGCUGUUAAAUCAAAUGCAUCACAUUUACGAGAUAUAGUCACUAUUGGUUAGCUAUUUCUAUUUUUAAGGUCUAACAGUACCAGUACUAGCGUGUUCAGUCACAAAAAUAGCAUCAUUCCGAAUACAAUGUACCUGCCGGUGACAUUAAUUGUCAGCAAAACUAUCCUCCCUCUUCCAUGCCUUUUUCCCCAGGGCCGAUCUCAGGGUGCGGAGGACCCCAGGAGCUCACCGCGGAGUCGGGCACCUUCACCAGCAUCCACUAUCCCAGUAGCUAUGACAACGGGAGGAGCUGCUCCUGGCACAUCACUGUUGACCCGGAUAAGGUGAUCUCCCUGAGCUUUGAGGAGUUUGCGCUGGAGGACACCAACCUGUGCACUGCAGACUUCAUCACACUGCGAGAUUCACUAGGAGUCAUUGGCAAGUACUGCGGCUACACCAAACCUUUGCCUCUGGUGUCGCUAACCAACCGGCUGACCGUCUACUUCGACACCAACGACAGAAAAACAGAGCAAGGAUUCAAGGCUCGUUAUGAGGCUGUGUCUCUAGAGCGAACAUCAGUCAAGUGUCCUCCAUCCCCACUGCCAGAAAUAGCCGGAGCAGGUGGCCCUCUCCAAGGUGACCAGGGGGAUCUGAUGACCCCUGGCUCUCCUGACAAGAACUACCCAAAUGGAGCGCUUUACCAGUGGAAAAUAACCGUGCCCGAAGGCGAAAGGGUUCGACUGACGUUCACUUCGUUCGACCUGGUUCCCGAUGUGUGUGGAGACUUUGUCCAGGUCUACGAUGGAUCUUUGUUGUUAGGAAAAUUCUGCGGAGGAACCAUGCCAAAGCCAGUGGAGUCCAGCAGCAACUCCAUGGUUGUGCGUUUCAAAUCUGACAGCACAGGAAGCUCCAGAGGGUUCACGGCUACAUACACCAAGUCCAGCCUCCCUCCUAUUGUCAUCCCCACCACGAUGAGACCAACAACCACAUCCAAGCCCACCACCACCCAGACCCUCCCGUCUACCACGUCCGGUUCAGGCGGCGCGGUUAUCCUCACUGGCCGUAAGGGAGUGUUCCAGUCUGACAGCUUCCCGAAUCCAUACCCCGCUCAUCAGAACAGCUCUUGGAGGAUAACCGUUCCCAAAGGAUUCCUGGUGAAGCUUCAGAUCACUGAUGUAGCCAUAACUGGGGAGACGGGGCAAUGCACGGAGGACAAACUGCUGGUCUCAGAUGCUUACAGCACACUAGGCGUCCACUGUGGCUACAUCCGUCCUCCCGUGGUGGUGGCAGCCACUAACACAAUGACUGUCUCCUUCCAGUCUGACGGUCGCCUCACAGACAGAGGCUUCUCUGCCAAGUGGGAAGCUGUGUACCCCGAGGAUAUAGCAGAAAUCCAGGGCUGUGGCGUGUCUUCCAAGGAGGCGACGGGGGUCAUCAAGUCUUCCAACUGGCCCAUGAACUACAAGGCCAACGCUGAGUGCAUGUGGAACGUUGCAUUGCCUUUAGGCAAGAAAAUCACGUUGACCUUCACUCACUUUGACCUGGAGGCCAAAAACCUCCUGUUGUCCAAAUGCUUGGAUAACAUCAUGGUGUACGACAUCAAUGGCCUUACCAACGCCUUGAUUCAGAAGCACGGACCGUUUUGUGGCACCAAGAUACCAAAAACCAUCCAGAGCAAAGGGAACAGACUGAUGAUACGCUUCCAUUCCGACUUGUUCACCGAGGGUAAAGGUUUCAGGGCCUACUGGACUACAAACCCCAGCUUGCCUGCACCCACUGAGCCACCUGUGCCACCUAAUCCUUGGGAUGACAUCAACAUAGAGUGGCCCAGUACAUGUGGAAAACCUGCCAUCCCUCCUGCUGUGAUGUCUCGCAUCGUCAACGGAGAAGCUGCCAGACCACACUCGUGGCCCUGGCAGGUGUCCAUGCAGGUGUGGCCGGCCAGCCGUCCUGAGCCAACGUUCUUCCAUACGUGUGGCGGGACUCUGAUUCAUAAGAAUUGGGUGCUGACAGCAGCUCACUGCUUCAUCAAUUACGCGGAUGAGCUGCACCGCUGGCGCAUGUGCCUGGGCAAGCACAACCUGACCUUCACAGAGCCCAGCGAGCGCUGCCUGAACGUGACGGGCAUUUACCGCCACGAGGCGUUCAAGUACCCCACGGUGCCCACGGUGGAGUUUGACAUCGCUCUGGUCAGGCUGGACGGGGAGGCCGAGGUCAGCGACCAGAUUUCUUACGCCUGCCUUCCCACCGAGGAAGAGGUGCUGGACGGGGGAAAGAUGUGCUACGCUAGCGGCUGGGGAGACGAGACGGGGAAUCCUUUCAAUGCCAAAGUUGCAGAGGCUCUCAACCAGGUCGCCUUGCCUGUUGUUCCGUACAACACUUGCAAGAGAAUGGACUACUGGUGGUUCCAGGUCAAGACCUCCAUGAUCUGCUGUGGUUAUACCUUGCCAGAUGAGCUCAAGUCAGUCUGUCAGGGAGAUUCCGGUGGUCCUUUAGUGUGCCAGGACUCCCCCAGCAGUCCUUGGGAAGUCCAUGGAAUAACCAGCUUUGGUCCUAUUGGAUGCAUUAUGAACAAGAAGCCCUCUGUGUUCACCCGUUCGUCCGCUUACAUCCCCUGGAUCAACAACAUCAUACGCAGGGACAUCUACAAUGAACACACAUCCGGUUGUGGCGGAGCAAAGGACUUGACGGGCGUAGGUGGCACUCUGUCCUCCAUGGGAUACCCCAGCAGCUACAGCAACAAAGCCAAGUGUCAAUGGAAUAUCCAAGCACCUGCAGGAAAACUAGUCCACAUCCACUUCAGCAAUUUCUCCCUGGAGGAGAGCCAACUGUGCCUGAAUGACAAAGUUAGCAUUUCGGACAGAAUGGGAAGUUUAGGCACCUACUGCAGUCACACUCCCCCCAUGGACCUGGUAAGUGACGGGAACUCACUUCACAUCAGCUUCUCCUCCAAUGACAAGGUGGUGGACACAGGCUUUACGGCCACAUGGAAGGCAGUAGACCCAUGGGAAGCUCCUUGUGGAGGAAGCUUUGGCAGCUCCCAGGGUGAAAUCACCAGCCCCAACUGGCCCAAAGACUAUCCGGGGCAGGCUGCGUGUACGUGGAGGAUCAAGGUCCCCUCGGUGAAAAGCAUCCAUGUUGCCUUUACGCACUUUGAACUGCAAGCUGUGAACGUGCUGGGGAAGUGUGUGGACUAUGUGGAGGUCUUCAACGGGGAAAGCAUGGCCUCACAAGGUCGCUUCUGUGGCUUCGCCCUGCCCCCCAAAAUGGCCGUUCCAUCUGACACAGUGGUCAUUCGCUUCCUGAGCAAUGGAGCCAACCAUCAACAGGGUUUCCGUGGUUACUGGACCACCGAUGCCAACGUCAUUCCCACUCUGCCUCCUCCCAUUCCGAACCCGUGGGACAACAUUACUAUCAGCUGGCCAGAAGAUUGUGGUAACCCGGAAGUGGACCCCAGUCUGAGCACCGUAAGGGUGGUUAAUGGAGUAGAAGCCGUCCCCCAUUCCUGGCCCUGGCAAGUCUCCAUGCAGGCCACUCCAAUGCUUCCCGUCCCUUACAUGCAUGGCUGUGGGGGUUCUUUGAUCCAUGAGGAGUGGAUCCUGACAGCUGCCCACUGCUUCAUGUUCCCGCUGAACCGACCCUCCUUUUGGCGCAUGUGCCUGGGGAAGCAUCACAUGAACUCCUCCAUGGACGUCCCCUCGGCUGAGACUUGUUACAAGGUGGACGGGAUCAUCCGGCACGAGGACUUUGUCUACGAGGAUGACCGCAGCGACAUCACCAACGAUAUCGCCCUGGUGCAUCUGGCCCAGCCAGUCAACAUGACCAGGGAGAUCAGCCCCAUAUGUCUGCCCCAACCGGGUGUCGUGGUUCCAGCCGGGACGCCCUGUUUUGUCACCGGCUGGGGGGAUGAAAAAGGUAACCUCUUCCCCAAAGUGUCGGAGAAACUGAACCAGGCAUCACUUCCCGUAGUGGACUUCCAGACCUGCAGUAAACCGGCCUACUGGUGGAACACCGUGAGGCCGUCCAUGAUCUGUGCUGGCUACGAGUCCCCUGAUGAGCUCAAGUCUGCCUGCCAGGGUGACUCCGGGGGUCCCUUUGCGUGUAAGGCUGCCGGGGUGAACACAACCUGGGAAGUGCACGGCAUCGUCAGUUUUGGACCCCAGGGCUGCAUCAGGAACAAGAAACCCUCGGUGUUCACUCGUGUUUCCGCGUUUAGCGACUGGGUCAAUGAUAACAUCAAGAGGUUUUUGUACGAAAGGGCCCGAUAUGGCUAACGCUGGACUUGACUUGGAAAUGAGUCAGUAAUGCAGUAUUGUAUCAUGAAGUGAUGUCACAUGUUAAAGGAAUGAAGCAUGAAUGGUGGAGAGAAGUGUGAGUGUGCCCUAAGAGAAAGAUUAUUAUUAUUAUUGGAUAGGAUGUGCUGCUAAAAAACAAAUGUGCCUCUUUCUUUACUGUUCAUCAUUUGGUAAAAACAAGUAAUAAUGCAAAUGUUACAAUACAUUUGUUAUAAUAACAUAAAUAUAAUAUAAAAUAAAAUGCCCCGAAAAAACUUGACUAUACUGCUACUUCAUUCUAAAUAAAAUGUACAAAUAUAUUUAGCGUCUUAGCAUUUAAGCUAUUUUGCAGGUAUAAACUUACAUCAAGAGUGAGCUCUAUCAUGCUAGUUGUUAGCAUGCUAAUAAAUAGCUUGUUAGCAUGCUAACAUUGGAAUAUUAGCUAUUUUGCUAUUCAUAAACUUAUAUAGACAUUUAGGGUUCUCGUGCUAGGUGUUAACAUUCUAACAAUUAAAAUACUAACAGUAGUAUUUCACUCAUUUUCUGAGGUAUUACAACACUUAGACACUUAACAGCAUGUUAGCGUUGUUAGUGUGUUAAUGUUAGCAUGUUAGCAUUUAACCAUUUCCAUAGGCAUAACCCUACACAAACCAAGCAUUAUUACACUAGCAUGUUAGCACUGCUUGCAUUUUUUGCGAUUUAUAAAGUUACAAAGACACUCGGUGUUCUCUUGUGAGUGUUAGCAUUCUCACAGUUAAAAUACUAGCAUUGUCAAUAUGCUAAUGUUAGCAUUUUUUCAAUGUUUUCAAUGCUCAAACAACGAAAAUAAUCUUUUUAUUAACGUUCCACGAUCGCAGUCGGGUGUGGAACCAUUUAACCCCUAUAAAUGAACGUCAACUGUAUAUGUAUUUAGAUCUGAGCUGUGGCUAACAAAAAUUUAAUUUUCUUCUGAUAACGACAUUUGGACUUGCAAAUUUAUUUUAGGGUGAGCACACUUUACUGAACAUUUUGGUUUUCUUUCAUUUAUUUUCUGGAUAUAUUUUCAUU